AGCUUUUCGUCGGACAGAUUUAGUUCCAGUCCACUUUCCUUCAUUAUUUUGGGUUCUAUGUCAGGCAUGGCUUGGUGUUUAUUACGGAGAUUUCCCCGAUUAUUUAUGCCUUCUCUAGGCUCCGUCCGGACAAACACGUUAAACAGUGGGGAGAGUGCUUCUGAGUUCCGUAGUGCUUACAGCUUGGAUAAGUUAUACCCAUCUUCAACUUUCAACUACAGCUGUCAGAUUAGAGAUCAUCAAACAGGUUUCAAUAUACCUGUGGAUCGUCUGAAAAUAACAUAUAGUCGGAGCAGUGGACCAGGAGGACAAAAUGUCAACAAAGUAAACACAAAGGCUGAAGUUCGCUUUCAUAUUGCCACAGCUGAUUGGCUUUCAGAAGAGGUACGGCAGAAUAUCCUCUCCAAGCACAAAAACAAAAUAAACAAGUCUGGGGAGUUGAUUAUCACAUCUGAAGUGAGUCGUUACCAGAUGAGAAAUUUGUCUGACUGCCUGCAGAAAAUCCAGGAUAUGAUAACAGAAGCUAGCUACAAACCUGCAGAGCCAUCAGAGGAGGAUGCAGCAUUCCGACGCACGAGGGUUGAGCAAAUGAACCGUGAAAGGCUUAGGCAGAAGAAAAUAGCCUCUGGCAUAAAACAAAGCCGCAGAGUAGAGCUGGAUUAAAGAAAUCCAUGUGACAGUGGAAGAAAAAGUAAACUUUCAUGUGGAAUACUGUCUUAGUCAUACUUUAUUUGGAGGCAAAACAUCGUGUUAUCAGAGUGGACCAAUAAAUUAUUCUUAUGAAAAAAAGUA